AUGUCUAGUCGUGGCAGACUCCAGUCUGGAGCUCAGCGCAACCGUGGCCGACCCAGCGCCGCAUCAUCAUCUCAAGUGCCGCAAGCCAACGGCCCCGCACAGCUCCCCGAGUACGAGCCCCCCUCAUGCCCGCUCAAUACAGAGGCGCGCCGGGCGCUGGCCGAGCUCUCGAGAAACCAGGACACGCGCAAGUACGAGGACGAGCUGAACAAAUCAAUCAGCCUCCUGACCAGCAGCGUGGGCAACAUCAACGACCGCUACAGCACGCGGAAGGGCUCGCUGCGGCGCAUGCAGGAGAAGCGCGAGCAGAGCCAAGCCGAGAAGAACGAGAGGGAGUGGGCUGAGGAGAAGGCGGUGCUGGCGCUGCGGGUCGACGUGCCGCAGCUGACCGACGAGUGCGACCGCGCCGUCCGCGACGUCAUCGACCUGCGCAUCGAGCUCGAAGACGGCAAGCAGGCGCUGAAGGACACGGUGCGCAGGGUCGAGGCCGAGACCGCGAACGCGGUGCAGUGGAAGGCUGCGCGCGACGCCCGCGACAACGCCGCUGGAGAGGAGGACGAGGACGAGGACAUGGCGGAUGCGGAGCCCGAUGUCGUGGGCCCGACGCGCAUCCUGCGCCACGAGAAGAAGAAGGCGGCAGAUGACUACGCCACCAAGACGCUGCACGAGCGCUACGGGCUAAACAACGACUAUGUGGGCUUCAAGUCCAUGUGGCACGACGCCAUCCACGGACAAGACGGCAAGCCGCUGCCCGAUGCUACGCGCUGGUUCACGCAGAAUGGUGGAGAUGGAGACGGGGACGAUGACGAGGAUGAGGACUUAGUGCUCGCGGAAGAGCACAUCAGUAUCAACUGCCCGCUGUCGAUGGUGGUCAUGGACCAGCCGUACACGAGUCGCAAGUGCAAGCAUACGUUUAACAAGCCUGCCAUUGCAGAGUUUCUCCGAGGCCACCAGGGCGGCCGAGCAAUGUGCCCACAGACCGGGUGUAACAAGGAAGUAUCGCUUGCCGACUUUUACUCAGACCAAGUCAUCCUGCGCAAGAUCAAGCGCGCGCAGGCCAGCGAGACGAAGCCAGAUGUCGAAGACGACGAGGACGAGAAUGAUGCCGAUGGCGAGGGCAAUGACGACGGCGAUGACUCCAUCACGAUGACGCAGCAGUGGGACAUCAAGCAGGAGAGAGCGCGGGCUAGGGGCAUGCAGCUGAUUGCGGAUAUCGGGGGUGGUGGUGAGGAUGAAGAGGACGAGGGCAUAUGA